AUGGACUCUGCACAAGAACAGUCCGAGCAAGCGCGUCGUGCUGACAAGAUCAUUCGAUCGCUGCCUCUGGAGACGUACGAUUACCUGAUGGAUCUUUUCUGGCAGUGCUAUAAUCCUGUCAUUCACGUUUUGCAUCACGAGGCGUUCAACGAAGACCGGGAAAUGGGUCGCACGCAAUUUUACUCUGGGUUCUUGCACGUCUGCGUGUUGGCAAUGGGCUUCAGAUUUGCGGAGAAGAACCGACCGGAUAUCAGGAAAAUCGCGCUGCCACAGAUGGAGAGUACUCUGCAUCGAGAAGCAAAGUACAUGCUUGACCAUGAGUUGGAGAGGCCGGGUGGUAUCCCUUCAGUUGUGGCGUUGCUGCUUCUCGGCGAUCUAGAGUGUGGAGUCGGCCGUGAUAAUCUUGGAUGGAUGUACGGAGGCAUGGCUGUAAGACUUGCAUUUGACAUAGGACUACACCUGGACACGAGACUCUCGGGCUUACCAGAGCGCGAGAUUGAGAUUCGCCAAAUGACUCUCUGGGCGUGUGUAAUCUACGACAACAUGAAGUCUUCUGAUCUCGAGAUAUAUCAUCUGUCCAAGCAGUUUGAACGUCUUGGGGCUUGCCGACCUGCAGGCGCAGGAAAGAGCAUGGAGACCACUAUUUACGAAGCGCUCAUUGAUCUCAUGGAGCUUGCCGGCAAGAUCACCGAGAACAUGGACCCACACUCGAAGAACCCUGAAUCAGCAAUUGAUCGCAACCAGUACAUGCGCAUGGCAGCUCUGGACCGCGAGUUUAGCAGUUGA